GACAUUGAGCAAGAGAAAGUGAAAGAAAAAACUUGAGGGUCGUGGACCACCCCCUCCACUCCCCAACUACAACCACAACAUUCACAUCCACAACAACGAUGACGGAGGACAAGGGAGACGAUGCUGUGGGCACCUUUUUCUGUAUUUUUUUGAUUUCUCUGUAUUACACAUUUUUUUCCUUCUUCUUCUUCUUCUUCUUCUCCAACUUUGUCCUCGUGAUCGUUGGUGUGAUCGUUGUUUGUUGUGAUCGUUGUGGGGUUUGUCGAAGAUGUGUACCUGGGUAUCUACUACGAGCACGAGAGGAAAACGCUACGUCCUUUAUCACCUUCGACCUGGAUACUCUCUCUCUCUCUCUCUCUCUCUCCUUGCUUAUUUCCAUCCCUUUUGCUAUCCCUCCCUCCCUGGGAACCCGAAAAAGACUGAUUGUGUCCAUCGUGAUGAGUUGGACAUCCAUCGGAGAGAACGGAUGUCGAGCAGGAGCGAUUGUUAGCUACUAUCAUGGAACGAGUACAUAUACGAAUAUCGGUCUUUGAUCAACCGAUCGUGAUGAGAGAGAGUAAAUAGAUUGCCUGCCAGCUGCUCGGAUCAUAGGUGUCAUACGAACUACGGUCCAUAGUAUUCUUGAUCGGCCUACUAUCCAUACUCGUAGCGGCGUCGGCAACGUCGUCGUAGGUGUCAAAUGGCAACACACAUUAUAGCGAUAGUAUAUUUAGCAAAAGAGUCGUUGUGACAAUAUUAAUUUUGAUUUCGA